CCCCCUCUUCCUCCUCCCCCUCCCCCAGUGUGGGCAGCCCGCCGCAGCCUGCUUCCCCGCGGCAGGCUCGGUGCGCGCGUGUGAGGGAGGGUGUGCGCGCCUGCCCUCGCCUCUGCCUCUGCCGGGGACGCUGCAGCUCCGCCCGCAGCCGCCUCCCCAAGUGAGCCGGCCGAGGUCCGCGGGGGAGGGGGGCGGGGCGAGCGCGUGGGCCGGAGCCGGAGAGGCGAGGGAGGGGGCCGGGAAGACCCUGCGGGCGGGCCCGAAGCUGCCGCAGCCUGCGUGGGCGGCCGGCGCGGGGAGCUCGGCUCCGGGCGGCCGCGCGAGAAGGGACGCGGGGACCAUGGACCUGGCCACAGCCCUGCUGCCCCUCGCCGCCAAUGACAGCAACGCCUCGGAGCCCGGCGGGGGCAAUCUCACUUCUGGCUUUUCCCCACCACGCCCGCGGCGAGUGUCCUACGUCAGCAUCAUCAUGCCUUCCGUGUUCGGCAUCAUCUGCUUGCUGGGCAUCGUGGGGAACUCCAUGGUGAUCUUCACCGUGGCCAAGAAGUCCAAAUUCCACGGGUGCAACAACGUCCCGGACAUCUUCAUCAUCAACCUCUCGGUGGUAGACCUGCUCUUUCUCCUGGGCAUGCCCUUCAUGAUCCAUCAGCUCAUGGGCAACGGCGUCUGGCAUUUCGGGGAGACCAUGUGCACCCUCAUCACCGCCAUGGAUGCCAACAGUCAGUUCACCAGCACCUACAUCCUCACGGCGAUGGCUAUCGACCGCUACCUGGCCACCGUCCACCCCAUCUCCUCGACCAAGUUCAGGAAGCCCUGCGUGGCCACCCUGGUGAUCGGCCUGCUGUGGGCGCUCUCCUUCAUCAGCAUCACCCCAGUGUGGCUCUACGCCAGGCUCAUUCCCUUCCCCGGAGACACUGUGGGCUGCGGCAUUCGCCUGCCCCACCCGGAGACGGAUCUGUACUGGUUCACCCUGUACCAGUUCUUUUUAGCCUUCGCCCUGCCCUUCGUGGUGAUCACGGCAGCCUACGCCCGGAUCCUCCAGCGGAUGACGUCGUCCGUGGCCCCGGCUUCUCAGCGCAGCAUCCGGCUGCGGACCAAGCGGGUGACACGCACAGCCAUAGCCAUCUGCCUGGUCUUCUUUGUGUGCUGGGCACCCUACUAUGUGCUGCAGCUGACCCAGCUCUCCAUCAGUCGCCCCACUCUGGCCUUCAUCUACCUCUACAACGCUGCCAUCAGCCUGGGCUAUGCCAACAGUUGCCUCAACCCAUUUGUCUACAUCGUGCUCUGUGAGACCUUCCGCAAACGCCUGGUGCUCUCGGUCAAACCGGCUGCCGUGGGUCAGCUCCGGACGGUCAGCGCCGCCCCCACUGCAGAGGAGAUGACCGAAAGCAAAGGCGCCUGACGCUGCCUCCGUGCUCCAGGCGCCUCCGACAGCCACGGCCAAGCUGAGGCUGAGCCGUGGCGAGGAGCCCAAGACGAGGAGUGGGCAAGGGCGGAGGAGCCAGAUACACCUGCAGGCAGAAAGGCUGCCGAGCCUGCUGGGAGCCACGGCCCAAGGCCCAGCUCGGGAGGGAGGACCCCGCGCGGGCCUGAGGAGCAGCGGCAGAAAGCCACCAAGCGGCUGAGGAGAAACGGUCACUCCAGGCUUCCCGUCACAUCUCCUUAAGCCACACGUCCAUCUGUUGGCCCCACAUCAUCCUGUCGUGGCCCCAACAGGGCAGCCGGCUCGAGACUCGGGCCGAAGCAGGAGGCAGAGUGGCAGGAGCCCCAGUGGACGGGGUGGGCCCCGGGCAGGGAGAUGGGCAAGUAGCCCCAAAAGGCUUUCUCGCAUCUCCUUUGCAUGAAAAUCCGAGCAGAGCGGAGGGGAGCUGAGACACGGGGAGUCCCCAACUUGGUUCUCUGCUUCUCUUGGCAAAUGCAUGCUUUGGACUGAGGAGGGGAAUUGUGAAAAAGUCCGCCAUGCUUGGGACAGGGAGCUUCCCUCCUUUCCUUUAAGGCCCAGCUCGGUGGACCCCUCCUGCCCAUCCCCUAAUUCUGCCCCCUCCCCUCUCCGGGGCCUUUGGCUCCUUUAGCAUCCUAGCUUGUAUUCUAUUUAUCUGUCUAGCUGUCCAAUCCCCUCCUUGGCUGAGGGGGUUAUGGCAUCCUUUGGCUUUGUAGCUCCAGCCUGGAGACCAAGAAAUGGGGGGUAUAUUGAACUACAUUGAGAAAGGGGGGGCAACCAGGUGACUCAGUGGCUAGAGAGCUAGGCCUGCAGACAGGAGAUCCUGGGUUCAAAUUUAGCAUCAGACACUAGCAAGCUGGCUGACCCUGGUCAGAAGACAGCCACUCCCUUGGGUGGGGGCUGGAACGUGGGAGAGGGCUUGAGAAGGGAAAGGAAAGCCUUUGGGUAGAUCCAGGCUGGGUUUGAUCCUCUGUGUGCUGCUGCUGUAAACGCCCUUCAGCCAGGGGCCAUUUGGGCUGCUGGGCCCUCUGUGUAUCCCUAGGCACAAGGACAGUGUCUGGCAUGCAAAAGGCACCUAAUAAAUGCUUACAGCACCUCA